AGACUCCUGAUGAAGAAGAAGCAUUGUUCCAGGACACACGAACUGAACUCAAAAAAAUCAACGACAUUCUAGACAAACUCUCAGGAUUAGUAAACUCGGCAAACAACAAGACAAGAGUGAGGCAUCCCUCUGGGUGGGGUGUUGUCUCCCACGAUCCUGUCCUCACACGAGAUGCUGUCCUCACACGAGAUGCUGUCCUCACACGAGAUGCUGUCCUCACACGAGAUGCUGUCCUCACACCAGUACCUAAUGACAUAUGUGUAUACGACUAUGAAAAAUGCACAGAUCUAUGUAAUACUCUUACUCAGAUACAAAAUCUGAUGGAUAUUUUGUUGGCGAGUAUUGAUAACUGGGACCGGAGCGAUUAUAAACAUCUGAAACAAGCCGGAGAUGCUCUGUCAACGAACGAGGAAAAUGCAAGUCAAGAUGACAGUUUUUCUCAGAAGAUUGAUAAGGAUAACUUCAGUAAUUAUGUCCAGACCGUUCAGUCAGACGUGCAAAAUGGACAGAAAAGUGUAGAUGCUAAGCUGACAGAGUUGAAGAAAAUCAGAACAGACAGAGUGAUCUUCGUGUCAGUGAUAAGUUCUGUGGGAGGUCUUAUGAUAGUUGCUAUCGCUGCUGAAAUUAUCUUCUCCUCGUAUAAGCGCUAUAACACAAGUAAAGAAUCAUCCCUUAACAAGAGCUCAGACAAGGAAGAGUACAUGGAAAAUGCAUCACCAUCACCAAAGUCUACUCAGAAGCAACUGACCAAUCCAAAUGACAUAUACACCAGACCACAUGCCCCCAAGGAUGAUCGCCAUUAUUCUGCUCGAGAUUACAAGGACAUCCCUUCAGGAAGGCGAGAUCCAAGUUCCAGGCAUGAUCCAUACACAAGAAACGAAACCAACCACAGAACCAGUCCCUACCCCACGUCUAGCUCAAAGUACCAACAGGGAUACUCCAGAGACAGUUAUCGAGACUAAACUUAGUAAACUUACUAAAAUUUUGUCAUAUUAAUAUUAUAAUUAUGGAAAAGUGCUAAACUCAUAAGGGUUACAGUGUCUAACUGCCUACUUUCCAAGGAAAGUAGGCAGUUCCUACUACUUAGAUCAACCAUUCACUGUUAUCUAAGCCAUGAUAUUUGAUCCAAGAAGGGGAAUACAGGUCCAUUAUUAUUAUUAUAAGCAAGGGGGAAGCACUAAACUACAGGUCCAAUUUCUUAUAUCAUGAGCCCCUCGCUAGCCUCAAGGAACCUUCCUUGAGGGGUUCAUUAUUAAUGGGAGCUCUCUAAACUCUUAGGACUCGUGCAGUGCCUGGGGAAUGGGAAGUAGAUCCAUUCUUGAGGGCAAUUAAUCCCGACUCCAGAGCUCUUCACCAGCAUUACGGCACCUCCCACGAAGGCCACAUACUGUAUACAUGUAUAUAUGUUAUGUAUCAAGUGUAAUCCAAUAAGUUUCAUUAUAUUCAACACAAAGGGCUAAACCAAUAAGCUUUAUAUCAUUAUAAUUUUUUAAUGGUAGACAGAAAAUGUGUGCAUGUCUGCUAGAUUAUUUAUAGGGGAACUUUAUAAUAAAAAAGUGCUAAAACUACUAGGGUCAUACAGUGCUGUAUAUAGGGGGACUAUAGUCA